AGACUCGGAAACAAAACCCAGCAAACCAAAUCCCCGCCCCCUUCCUCCCUCUUCCUCACUCCCUCACUCCCCACUGCCGAACCCACCACCGUCAGAAUCCAUUGCUGCAGUCAAACCUCUCUCUCUCUCACGGAACUCCACCAGUCCGAAGGCUCAACCCUCCUUUCUCUAAUCCAGCUUCGUCGCAAACCAGAUGGAUAUUAGUGUUAUACAGGUAGCCGUGGCUUGGAAGUCUGUACCAGUGCAGUACAGCAACAUAUGGAAUUAGGCUUUGAGUAUCAGUCACUGCAAAGUUAGAAGUUUGGAGUACACAUCACAACGUGAGAGACGUUAACGGCGCCACAGAAAUGAAGGUCCGGGUGGUGUGUCGGAAAGUGUAUGAUUACAUUCGUUAUGAUCUGAAAGAGAUUGCAUUUCCAUCUUCGCUGCCGGACCCUCCUCAUAUCAAGAAGCGCCGUAAGCUCACCAUGCGUGAGUGGUUCUUGGUGUUGAAGGAGGCUUCUAGGCUUUAUGCCGCCAGCUGGGUGCGGGAUGUUGGUCCUGAACUGCGACCUAAUGAUUAUAAGAAUAAAGAGAGUGAAGAUGGACCUGGUGGAGCACAGAGAACGGCUAAAGAGAAAGAACCCUCAACUUUAGAGGAUCUUGCUGUGGCUGCAAGAGGAGGAAUGGAGACAUUAAAGCCUGCUCUGCAGCGGGUGUACAUGACAAGAGCGUCUGCAUAUAGAGAUGCUCUUCAAAGUUUUAUACAUGGGUACCAAGAAGGCAUCCAGCAGGUCAUGGAGAAAAAGGCAAAAGAUUCUAAAUCUGAACAAGAAAGUGAUAAAUCUGCGUAACAUCUCUUGUUACUCUUCAUAGUUGUUGCUGCACCUACUGACACCCCUUCUUUCGAAGUCAUGGGGUCAUUUUGCCGAGUUCCUUCGACAUGGUUCUCCCAAGCACCCUAGUAUGGUAUACUUGUUAUCUGUGUCCUUUACAAGUUCUUGAGCUCUACUUUUAGCUCUGUUUUAAGAACACGUGCCAUGGUUUUUCAUUCAAGUAUUCAAGAACUCGAAAGCAAAUUUAAGAAAUGUAAAUAUAAUGUAAAUUUGCACUAUUUUUUCUCUUUUGGGAUUGAUAUAAAUCUGCUUUAUUGAAGUGAUGAA